UCAGAUUCUGGUUGGCUUGGCUUGUUUGUACUUACACCAGAUCAAUUUACACUGCGAAGUAUUUUGAGAUUGAAAUGGCUGAAAUUGCAGUCAAGAAUGUGGAAAAUGCUUGCGAAACUGCAGAAGAAUUCACCAAAGUAUUCUAUAAGCAAGUGGACAACAGCAGACACUUAACCUCAAAACUGUACCUGGACACCGGACUAUUAGUUUGGAAUGGUAACGGCAUAAAUGGCAGUGACAGAAUUCAGCAGUUUUUGUUAGACUUGCCAGCUAGCAACCAUGUGCUGAAAACCCUGGACGCCCAACCGAUAGCAGAAGCUCUAGUGAACAAUAAGCUGACGUACCUGAUCCAAGCGUGCGGAGACGUGACCUACCAGAAUGACGAAGUAAAGAAGCCAUUCCAGCAGACUUUCCUGAUAGUGGCGGUCGAUGGCAAGUGGAAGAUUGCGUCAGACUGCUUUAGAUUGCAAGUACCAUACUCUACAUAACAUGGUGCAAUUGGGAGACAGGAAAAUGAAUUGUGUGUUAAUGUUACGGAGAAAAGGACAUAAGUGGACAAGUGUUUGAUUCCAGGACUUAAUAUUUUUAAGAAGAAUAAAGCCACCAUUGUAAAGUCAUUUAUAAUGUUUUGAAUAAAAUAUUCAUAUAU